ACCAAAUGCCUCACCAAAACUUUGCUCCACAGAUGCCACAAAAUGAUUUGAUGUAUGGAUCGGCUCAAUUUCCAGACCCCCAAGGUAAGAAAAUUCCCAAAACCCCAAUAGACCACCACGUGAACAAUAAAUUGAGAUUGAAAAUUUGGGAUGACGAUUUCAUAAACCUAAAAGACCUCCUUCCCCCUGACUCUUUGGCUCCAGGCAGGGAGGAUAAAACUGAAAACCUCUCUACACAGACUGAACGAAACGAGGAAGGCCAGAUCACGUUGAUCCUCUCCCCUUCCCUCAGAAAAUCUGAUCUGACCUCACUCCAGUGGUGCCAAGCAUGGCAAAUCUUCUCGGCCAUCUACCUGCAAAAAUUCCCAGACCAAGCCAUCCCCCUUUUAGUCUAUGCCCACAGGGUCAUUGCGAUGUUCCCAAAUAAAGUAGCCAAUUGGAGGGCUUAUGACGAAAGAUUCCGUCAAAAACGAGCCAGCGAAGGCAUCAAAUGGGAAGAGGAAGACCCGGUAGUUUAUGGCCACUCACUUGGGACCCCAAAAUUGGACAAUUUUCGUCCCCCCGAGGUUUGUAAAAACUUCAAUAGCGGAAAAUGCUCAUUCACACAUUGCAGAUACCAGCACAAAUGCUAUCUGUGCAACAGAGACCACCCCCUCUCUUUAUGCCGCUCAACUGGAGCCAGGCACUCCACUUUCCCUUACCCCAGAAAACCCUUCCCCAACAACUUUUCUAGCCACCAAAAAUCCCAAAUUUUCAGACCCAAAUUCCACAAAAAAUUCAUCUAACCCAAUUCAGGAAAUUAUCCAAAUUAAUAAGCCUGCUUUACCUUUGGACCAGAGCAUUGUUACCCCAGUUAACCACACUGCAUUGGAAAACCUUUUGAAGGAUUACAACCUCACAAAGUGAUAAAUUUCCAGAAGUGGACUAAUUUUCAUGAAACGUGAUAGGAAUAUUCCCACCAAGGCCAUGAAAAUUGGUCAUACUACCUUUAUCUCUGAAUUAUGGGUAAUCUAAUAUUAGAAAUGUCAGCCACCUUUCUUACUAAAGUAUUCAGCUGAUUCUCACAAAUUUCACAUAAGUGAGUGAUGCACAACCUUAAAGUUUCUGUUUGACUAUGUGACAACAGUACUUGUAGGACACAUCUUGCCAAAAAAUUACAUCAUUCAAAUUAACAUCAUUCUGUUGUUUAAUUCUCCACUCUUAAUAUUAUCCUGAAUAACUCAUGAAUAAUGUAUGUAAAUCCAGAAUGAGGCUAGGCCGGCACAACAGUGUAAACAACAUGAAUCAAUAUAUAUAUAU